CGAGCUUUGACCUCAUAUCAACGUGCGUGUCUCUCUCCUCGGUACAGUUUGGCAGCGCACUGCAACCUGCGCCUUGCCCUGCAAAUGUCCCACACGGCGCCGGAGCGCAAGGACUAAAGAAGCUGGCUUUUAGGUUUGCUGAGACAUUACUGUAACUCGGGAAGGGAUGAAGAAUCGCCCGUGGAUAACGUGACAGCUUGAUACACAUUAUUUUACGUCCACGGAAGUGAUUAAUUCAUGCAUAUACUAUAUGUUGAUAUAUAUGAGCAAUUCAGUUUUUAGAUUUUCGUUUUUAUACGUCGGUUUUGAGCAGUCAAAAUAUACAGGCAAAAUGGGAACCUUGAUGAUGAUGGUAUUGCUGGGAACGGUGGGGGCGCUAGCGGCGAAGGAGCACUGCGAGUCCGGGCAGUACACCACGAAUGGGGAGUGCUGCUUGGAGUGCCACCCUGGGGAGGGCGUGCUGCAGCCUUGUGGAGUCAUGCAGACUGUCUGCACAGUGUGUUUGGACAGUGAAACUUUCUCGGACACCUACAGCUUGACCGAGCCGUGCAGGCCAUGCACAGAGUGCGAGGGUCAGAUGCGUAUGAUGACGCCAUGCACGGACACCAACGACGCCAUCUGUGGCUGCAACUACGGUUACUACAUGAAUGAGACGACGGGCCGCUGCGAGGGUUGCACCAGCUGCCUGCCAGGCCACGGCAUGCUGAACCAGUGCGAGCACAACAGCAACACCGUCUGCGAGGAAUGUCCCGACGACACGUUCUCCGAGACGGAGAGCAUGCUGGACCCCUGUCUGCCCUGCACCAUCUGUGACGACGAGCCGCCGCUCGAAUUCUGUACUCCCAUGCGUGACACCGUCUGCUACGAAGAACCCAGCAUCGGGACAUUUUCACCUCUGCCUUCAAUGGACUCGAUGUUUCCCAUCUUCACCGAUGCCCCCGGAGACACCGACAUCCCCUCCCCCACCGACACUACCACGGUGGGGAACCCCAGUUCCCCGCGGGUCGUCCACCAUGGCCUGAGCGAGAACCUCAUCCCCAUCUACUGCUCCAUCCUGGCCGCUGUGGUCGUGGGCUUAGUGGCCUUCAUCGUCUUCAAGAGGUGGAACAGCUGCAAGCAGAACAAACAGGCGGCCAGCAACCGCAGCGUGAGCCAGACGGCGUCCGCCGAGGGCGAGAAGCUGCACAGUGACAGCGGCAUCUCCGUGGACAGCCAGAGUCUGCAGGAGCAGCAGCAGCAGGCGCAGACCCCCACCCAGGCGCCGCCUCACACAGUGGUGAUGGUGGACGGGAGCCCUGGCUUUGCCUUGCCCCCCCACAAGAGCGAGGAGCUCGAGCAACUCCUGGGGGGUGGCGGAGGUGACGGGACAGACGAGGAGACGGACUGGCGCAGUCUGGCGAGCCUCCUCGGCUACCAGGAGGAGCACAUCGCCGCCUUCGGCGAGGAGGAGAGGCCAGUGCGGGCCCUGCUCUCCCACUGGGCUGGGAUGGACACCGCCAGUCUGGAGGCCCUGUGCGCCGCCUUGCGUAAGAUGGACCGCGGGGACAUCGCGCAGGGGCUCAGUCUCCACCCCGAUGCAGACCCCUCUGCUACCUCAGCCGUGUGAGACGUUAUCUGCUUUGGCUUCCAGAAGACGUUCCGUUGAUGGAGGAUGUAGCUUAACAUGUUAUUUCUCUUCACUUCCUGCAAAUUGUUUUAAAGGCAGGUCCACGGUUCAUCGUGAACAACUGUUCGCAAUUAACCCACCUGCUCAGAGAUUGUGUCCGUUGGCGCCGCUUGCAGUCUUCCCCGGACACAACAUGAGCCUCCCCCCACCUCGCUACCGUAGCAUCAGCCAUAAUUGGGGCUCUUUCCCAACAUUCUUCACUCUCCCAACUCUACCAAGUAGCUUGUCCUCCAAAGAAUCCAUCGAUGGCGCCGGCAUUGACUGUACCUACAAACCCAAAUGUCCGUCAUUUCCAACUCCUUCCAUAAUCAACAGCCAGGCUUCCAUCAGCAUGGGUCAAACGGGGCCAGAUGACCUUCUGUUUACUUCUUCUGUGCGUUGAGGUGGCCUGUUUUCUCACCUCGUUUCCCUUAGAAGCCCCAACUACUAGAAAAUGCUCCCUUCCCUUAACGGAUCUUCUUAACGGACAAAUUAAUUUUAUUGUAAAACUUGUGUGUCUAGUUGCUACAUCUGAUGUUUGUAUCUCUUUUUUUUCGUGACACAAACCAAAAAGCUCCUCAUUAGCCACAUUUUGUAAACUGAUGUAUUCUAAGAGGGGUAUUAGGUUAGCCGAACCACUCUUGUUGAACCACAAAGACAGGGUUGACGCUACAGUCAACACAUGUAGCAUUCCAACCGCUGUCAAUCACUGUUGUGCCACAUUUGAUGGUCUCAACUGUUUCUGCGAGAUAGGAUCUUGGAAUGAGUCGGAUCAUGGGAUCUUGGAACGGAUCUUGAGGGAUUCUUGAAGGUAUUUGUAUCUUGAAGGCCAUCAACGCAAAUGUCUCCCAUUUAUAGACCAAUGCGUUUCAGUAUUCUGUAGUUUUCCAGGGUUUUAUGGGUUGAAUAUGCAAAACAUUGAAGUGAACCGUGCUGUGGUACCCAGUUCAUCAAGGAUGGCUGGAUGCUGAGAAUGGUUUGUGUCAGCAGAGCUGAGGGAAGCUAAACCUGCAGAGAUGUGGCUCCAGGGACGACUGCUUCGAAAACGGAGAGAAUGACCCGGAGCACGUCCCGACAUAUGUGGACACGUGUACAAUCGUAAAAGCCCUGCAGACUCGAAGCUAGAAGUAUUCCACAAAGAUUCACGUUAGUCAUACUGAAAAUAACCAUUUCACUCCUGCACUGUUACACUUAAAGCAUUUUAGGGAUAUACUGUACCAGAUGUUGCAUGACUACCGAAACAGAUAAAUCUUAAUACAAUCUUAACAGACAGGAGGGGCUAGUUUUGCCCCAGCAAUACUGCACACAGAAUAUAUUUGUCUUGUAUAUUAUAGCAAGCAGCAUUUCUCAACACCAUUACAGAGUUUAGAGGUUUAGAAUAAGAGUAUUUUCUGUAUACAGGACCGACUUUAUAAAGAAAAUGGUGUUUAUCCUUUAUUUAUAUACGGCAAAAGUAUACAAGUCAAAUGUACGACACAUUUUCACAGUUAUCACACUGAGACUUUGCCAUUAUGCUCAAAAAUCAGGUUGGGAUCCAGGACUUAUUUCUCAGGGUUUGUUGUGCGUUCAUGCGUGUGUGUGCUCCUGCGCUUCGUCGUGCCUGUACAGAGAACCGGGAAGCUGAGAGAGUCAAGGAGACUCCAGAUUUGGCAUCGUAUCAGUCGUUACGCUUACGAAACUGACACCGAGGGCAGAAGCACUCUGCCGCAGUGGUUUGACUGACUCAGGCCCAUUAGGAGAAGCUUGGUGGUGUACUGUGUACCAGGAGGCCACAGCAUGCUGUCAUCAGCGCCCCCUGAUGGUAGGAAAUGGAUACUGAAAGCGGGAUAUAACGGUGCAUUUUCGCAAAAGCCCUUUUCCUCGUGCUGCCUGUGUACCAGCAUGCCAGAAUCCAUCAGCAUGGCCUCAGAUGCUGGUCACAGCUGCUCUCUCGCCAUGAUCUGAGACUCCUCGCGUCCGCGCAGCAUGUCAGCAUCGUUAAUUCCCUGGAAGGUUCCCGGUGGCUGUGGAGUGGUGUGGAUGUAUGACACGACAUAUUCAUUGUGAGGAUCUACAAGACAGUAAAGAUCCAAACACUACAUGCACGCCCCUGUACAUAUGGAAACACCCCAAAUGAGCUCUUUAUUUGGAAUACUUGUCUGUCGUGUUUGAUUUUAUAUAUAUAUUUUUUACUUUGCUACGGAUUUAUUUCGAUUAUAGCAUACUUUUUAAAAUGGUAAUUCUACAAGACUGAUUUAUAGCACUUAUUAGUGUAAAUACGUAUAUAUUCUGAAGCACAUAAUACCUAAACAAGUGCCUGGUAUUUGUGUCACCUCUUCUCUAGUGUUUUUUUGUAAUAAAUCUGUUUUUUUCGUUAAGGUUUGCUUGUUGAAGAUGUAGGACACCUUCCUGUACAAUGUUGACCGGACCAUGGCCUUACUGGUGCUCUAGGGUCAAAUGCCAACAGAACCCCCCCCCCCCCUCCCCCCCAUGCCUCUCAGGACGUGUAACAGCAAUUUCACAUUCCCAUAAAACAUAGCUUCAAUCACCCAGAAUCCUCUGUGGCGAGCAGAGGCCACACUGUUCCGGUCAGCCCAGGCCGCCACUGUCACUGAUACCGUCGUAGCUUUCAAACAGCCAAACAGCCUGAUGCCCUUCUCCUCGUCUCACUUUUGCACCGUUUCCCCCGGCAACUGCAUGGCCUCGUCGUCACAACAUCUGUUCGGCAGUGUCUGAUUACUAGCAUUUUUAUCCUCGUGUCCAUUAAUGUAUGUAAUUCUUUGGUAACUCGAGUGUCAUCGAUGGAAAACAGAACAUAUUUGCCUUUCCCAUCUUUUUCCACAGCAGUAUUAGCGCUUGAGCUGGGCUCCGUUCCAGGGGACAGACCUAUGCGGAGGGAGCAGUUUAGGGAUUGUCAUGGGGAACAGAAUGUCAGGUUAGGGCAGAAGGCAUCUUCAGGCAAAAGGUCAGGUGUUACAUGACUCUGCUGGAUGCAGUUCCGUUUGGCAGCAUAGUGAAUACAUCUAGCACCUGCUAUAUAGGAAUGUAGCAUUGUGCUAUACAUCCUAUGUGACUGUGCUUUACAGGCCUGUAGCCCUGUGUAAAUCAUGCCCGCGUGACUGUGCCCUACUGGCCUGCAGCCCUGUGUAAAAUCUACCUGUGUGACUGUGCUCUACAGGCUUGUAACUCUAUGUAAAACCUACCUGUGUGAUUGUGCCCUACUGGCCUGUAGCCCUGUGUUAAACAUACCUGUAUGAUUGUGCUCUACAGGCCUGUAGCCCUGUGUAAAAUUUACCUGUGUGACUGUGCCCUACUGGCCUGUAGCCCUGAGUAAAGCAUACCUGUGCAACCGUGCUCUACAGGCCUGUAGCCCUGUGUAAAACAUACCUGUGUGACUGUGCUCUACAAGCCUGUAGGUCUGUAUAAAAUUUACCUGUGUGACUGUGCCCUACUGGCCUCUAGCCCUUUGUUAAACAUACCUGUGCAACUGUGCUCUACAGGCCUGUAGCCCUGUGUAAAACAUACCUGUGCAACUGUGCUCUACAGGCCUGUAGCAUUGUGUCUAUGUGACUGUAUGUAUGAAGUUUGUCUUACAGUCCUUCCCCUGAGGAUAGUUUAUAGGCAUCACUGUGCCGCCCGUGCCCCCCACCCCACCCCACCACUGUUCCGGGGGGAGGAGUGGGGGUUGACUGGUAUUCAGAGCUCCGGGAAUAAAAGAUCUGAAAAGGAAUGUUCUCUGUACCUAGGAAUAAUGGAUUAUGUAUUAUCCUAAUGUAAAAUGACAACCGAUGCACAGUUAACCACUGAAAAAUUAAAACAUAAAAUGACAAUGAGUAAAA